AGGCAUUUGAGACUCAGCUAAAGCAGGUUAUAGGAAGACGUCGCUGCGGUCUUCCGCGUGUUUUACUACUGUAAGUGUCCGACAAUUUGCGCCCAAUAAAUUUCUUUUUUAACUUUCAAUUAGCAACAUGUAAACUGUCCACUGAAACAACGUGGGUAACAAUAUUUUGAGUCCUGUAACUGUCGUUACCUUUGAACUCACAGGGAUCCUAAAGUAUGUACUAAUUGUGAUUGUAAUUUUCAUAUUGCAAUAUUAGAUGAAUUACGGUACAAACUAGUAAACUACACGGACUACACUAACCACAGAAAGUCGUUUUCAUUACGAAGAGCGUCAACAAACUCUUCUCACAGCACAUUUAACUGAUAGUUCAUAUUGAAAAAAGACAUUCUUCAACAUGACAGAAAUAUUUUCUUCGCUCUACGGCCAAACUGAAGCUCAGGGACCUUCGGGACCUUCCUCAAUGGGGUUCGGCCCCGGGAAAGCCCUUCCACCGCCGGUACCCCAAAACCCAGUGCACAUGGCGGUGCCCAUUCCCCACCAGCUGGUAGAUGAGGGGCCUCCUCUCCGGAAACCUGCAGCCAUGAAUGAACCCUUUUACCUGGUGCGAGAACUGCCAAUGGAAAAUGAGCUGACUGGAAACACCAACCUCAUUACACACUACAAUCUGGAACAUGCAUACAACAAGUUUUGUGGCAAGAAAGUGAAGGAGAAGCUCAGCAACUUUCUCCCAGAGCUACCUGGUAUGAUAGACACACCAGGUCUUCAGGAUGGAAGUUCUUUGCGCUCCCUUAUUGAGAAGCCACCGGUGUGCAACAACUCCUUCAGUCCUCUUACUGGAACCAUGCUCACUGGGUUCCGACUACACACAGGCCCUCUUCCUGAACAGUACAGACUGAUGCACAUUCAGCCUCCAAAGAAGAAGAGCAAACAUAAACACAGACACCACCGUCCCCAGGACCCCUUACCCCCAGAAACACCAUCAGACUCAGACCACAAGAAAAAGAAGAAGAAGAAGGACGAUGAUCCUGAUAGAAAGAAAAAGAAGAAGGAUAAGAAGAAAAAGAAGAACCGUCACAGUCCUGAUCACCCCGGAAUGACCGGCUCUCAGCCCAGCAGCAGCAGUCUGAGAUAGAAGCACACAGGACGAGAGACACAGAGACAAUUCACUGUAAAUAGCAUUAAAAGACAAGUGGGGGAAGUGGUUAUUUUAACUGUGUGUGAGUGAGAGUGUGUUUGUUUGUGUGUGUGUGAGAGAGAGAGAGAGAGAGAGAGAGAGAGAGAGAGAUUGCAUAAAUGAGAGCACUGCAGGCCUUUAUUUUUACUCAUGUAUGUUACUUGUGUAUAUGCUUCAGACGAGACAACAAACCAUAUUUGUUACAUCAGUUAGUAAUUGUAUGUUUAUUUAUGCAAUAAUAAAUUAAUAAGGAAAAAAUGUCAUGGACACUGUGACACUGAACAUCUUUCAUUAAGUCAGUAAAACACUUUGCAAUUUUUA